ACUCUAGGAAAACGGUAUAGACAGGCGUCCGCGAACCAAGCAGAUGGUGCUCCUCCGGCCAUGACUCGUACCAGGCUCCCCACGGUUGAAGCGGCGUUGAUAUUUCUAUCUGUCGCACAGCUGAGCACAGCCCUGAAGUGUGUGUGCCAGCUAUGUAACAACAACACCUGUGAGACGGGCGUGGACGGGGCCUGCUGGAACUCUGUGAUGCUGAUCAACGGGAAGGAGGAGGCCGUCAAGUCCUGUCUGUCCCCGGCUGAGAUGAGGGGACAGGUCUUCUGCUACAGCUCCCGGAACGUCUCCAAGAGGAACUGCUGCUUCACAGACUUCUGCAACAACGAGACCCUGCAUCUGCAUCCAGGCUAUGUAGAGAGGCCUUCGGAGGAGCCCGGCUGGGGCAGACUGGAGCUGGCAGCAGUCAUCCUGGUGCCCUCUACCCUGCUCUGUGUGAGCAUCCUGCUGGGUGUGUGUGUGGUGCAGAGCCAGCCCUGUGCCUACAACCGGGCCCACAAGAAUGACGCGGAGGAGCCCCUGGAUGACCAAAGUCUUAUGUCCCCCGAUAAGUGUCUUAAAGACCUCAUCUACGAUAUGAGCACCUCCGGCUCAGGCUCCGGGCUACCACUGCUGGUACAAAGGACAAUAGCUCGGACCAUCGUGCUGCAGGAGACCAUUGGGAAGGGCCGCUUCGGGGAGGUGUGGCGAGGGAAGUGGCGAGGGGAGGACGUUGCGGUGAAGAUCUUUUCAUCCCGUGACGAGAGGUCCUGGUUCAGAGAAGCAGAGAUCUAUCAGACCAUCAUGCUCCGACACGAGAAUAUCCUGGGAUUCAUUGCAGCUGAUAACAAAGAUAAUGGCUCUUGGACCCAGCUGUGGCUGGUGACCGAGUACCACGAGCACGGCUCCCUGUUCGACUACCUGAACAGGUACACAGUGUCUGUGGAUGGCAUGAUCGUUCUGGCCUUGUCCAUCGCCAGCGGCCUGGCACACCUCCACAUGGAGAUCAUUGGCACUCAGGGGAAACCUGCCAUUGCCCACAGAGACAUCAAGUCUAAAAACAUUCUGGUGAAGAAGAAUGGGACGGCUGUCAUAGCAGACCUCGGAUUGGCUGUGAAACACGACUCCAGAACCAACAUCAUUGAUAUACCGUCCAAUCACAGAGUAGGAACAAAAAGGUACAUGGCCCCAGAACUGCUGGAUGACACGAUCAAUAUUGGCAGCUUUGAGUCAUUCAAGCGGGCAGACAUCUACUCCCUGGGCCUUGUAUUCUGGGAACUGGCAAGGAGGUGUUCCAUCAGGGGACUUCAAGAAGAUUUUCAGGUGCCUUACUAUGAUAUGGUGCCUUCAGAUCCUUCUGUGGAGGACAUGAGAAAGAUAGUCUGUGACCAGAAACUGAGACCCAACAUUCCCAACCAGUGGCAGAGCUGUGAGGCACUGCGGGUGAUAGGCAAGCUGAUGCGCGAGUGCUGGUAUGCCAACGCUGCAGCUCGCCUCACUGCGCUGAGGGUCAAGAAAACCGUCUCUCAGGUGACUGUACUCAAGGACAUCAAAGAUUAGCUAGCCCACUGGCUGGCGCACCGUUAUUGGUCUGGAGCAAAGCAUCCUCAAGACCACGCUGAAACAAGAAACACUCAGCUGGGUCGUAUUAAUUAGAAACCAAACAAAAGAAAAUGCGGGGGACUACCUAAACCUAUCCAAUAAGACAUUCUCAUUACAAAAGGUUUUGUUGUGGUUAGUAAAUGUAGGUUUUAGCACGGUGUUACAAAUGCCUGUAUUGCAAGAAUCAAGAUUUGUUUUGUUUUAUGAGCGUUCAUGUCCGCUUGUUUUCGUGGAGAUGAGUCUUUUUGGUCUCAUCUCCUCCGCGCCUUCUGUGCUGUUUGCACCUUCCCACUUGCGCGCACACACACACACACACACACACACACACACACCAAGCCUUUCCCCAUGCCACUCACGUCGAACAUUAAAGAUGUUCUAUUUGCAUUUGAGGGUUGGUCCAACAGAAUUGGUCACAUGGACACCCAAACACAAUGAGACAUUAUAAUACUGUAACAGAGGGGAAGUUACCUUUUCUAACCUUUUUAUGUCUCGACUCCCAGACCCUCCUAGAACUGGAAGAUCAGUGAACAUGAUUGUGGAACAUUUAAUGCACAGUUUCUGUCACACUGUGACAGAAAUGCAGUACUUGGUACCAAGUUCCGCUAGGAGCAUUUUAGCCACAUACUGUGAAUGUGCUAGCUGUCUAGUCUGUUUUUAUAAAUGUGCAAUGAGCAUAAGAAGCAGCAUUUUAUAUAAGGUAGGCCACUUGAUUCCAACAUCUGAACAAAGUGGACAGGCUAGUAUGCUGUUCAAACAGUUGGAGACGGAUAGGAGGUUGUGUUCAGAACAGUUCAACUGUUCUAGCUACCUUGCUAGCAAGCAAAUAGAUCCAAAUUGGCUAGACUUUAAAUGUAGAGAUUAGCUGGCUACUCACUAGCGCGUGGGCUUGUGCUUGAGAGAUUGUUUAUGAGACCUGUUUUAAUUUUCUAUAAUGCCUGUUCAGAGAAGUUGGUCAUUUUUAGUGCAUGGUUCAGGUAAAGAAAAAAAAGGGCAUUUUCAUAGACUUGAAAGCCAGAUCAGUGAUUAUUGCAAACAAACAAGUUAAAUACUAUUUGAUAAAACAAUGUAAUUAUUAAUGGGUCUUAUGGUUGUGGAAGGCUUAUCUUUAGUAUAGGUAUAACUUCAAAAGUCUUGAAUUCAUUCGAUUAUUCCUGACCGUUUGAAAUGCGGUGUAUUGCCCUUUUAAUUGUGCAACAAAGCUUAUUUAAAGAAAACAUUUUAAAAAAUCAAGAUGUAUAUCGUGAAUCGGCCAUAUUUAGAUAAGCGUUUUAGGCCAUAUCGCCCAGUCCUAUAUGGUGUGCACUAAUGAAUACGACCCAGCAGUGAGCAUGCUCAGCUUGUGAUGCCAAAAGAGCCUGCUGUGGUUCAGCAGGGAACACUCCUGUCCAGCCCUGCAGUGUGUGACUGCCUAGAACUGGAUCAACCAAUCCAGAGGAACAGGAAAUGAAACUGUGACCUAUCAGAAGAAGAUGGAUGAUUUACAAUGUACUGAUUUCCUCUGCUACCUCAGAUGUUUUUAAGUGCCCAAAAGCUUGAAGUUGCACAUUGAACGCUUCGUGCCAUAUUAUACUGUAUGUAGUGCUAGGCAACAUGCAAAAUGACUGUAAAUGCUAAAUGUUACUGAGUAACGCACUCACUGCUAUGCCUGAUUUGUACAGGACACACAAGGUCUAUACCCAUAAAGGUAAUUGUUACUUGGGAGCUGCCCCUCCCUCCCCCAACCUAUUAUAUUUGUCAUCUAUAUAUAUAUCUUUUUAUAUAAGACUUGAAAAUAAUGCCUAUUUCAACUAUACUAUGUAUUUAAGUCAAACAUAGUCCAAUAUGUUGUAUAAUAAAAUAGAUGAUUUUUAAAGGUACAAUCUGCAGGUGUAACAAUAACAAAGCCGUCAACCCACCCCUGAUUUUGUCAACAGCUGAGGGAUGGAGAUGGAGAAAUGUAACUACUCUCCUAAUUCAUAGACGGGUGUGGAUGCAGCGACUGAUCAUCCAUGAUAUCAAAAUGAUAGUUUUCACCAUGUUUUGAGGCUACGCAAUGCAAACAAUUGCAUUGUUUACAGACAAUGGAGUAAAACAAGCUUGCAUUUUCGGUUUUGAUGUGGUACGACAGUCUUACUAAGCUCAUGACAAAAUGUAUAUUCUUCAAGAGUCAAUAUCAUCAAUUGAAUAAAAGUUUUAAAAAACAACUAUGUAGCAAACACAGAUUGUCUCUUUUAAACACAACCGCACAAAUGAUGUAUGAUUUAGAUGUAUUUUCCCUAACACCCACAUCUUCUCUGAGAAGCACAACUUUUGUUAUAUUACAGAAGAGAGAACUACACCGAACAAAAAUGUACAUGCAACAAUUUCAAAGAUUUAACUGAGUUAUAGUUCAUAUAAGGAAAUCGGUCAAUUGAAACAAAUAGAUUCGGCCCUAAUCUAUGGAUUUCCCAUGACUGGGAUAAUAUAUAAAUGCAUCUGUUGGUCACAGAUACCUUGAAAAAAAAGUAGGGGCGUGGCUCAGAAAACUAAUCACUAUCUGGUGUGACCACCAUUUGCCUCAUGCAGCGCAACACAUUUAUUUCGCAUAGAGUUGAUCAGGCUGUUGAUUGUGGCCUGUGGAAUGUUUUCCCAGUUCUCUUCAAUGGCUGUGCGAAGUUGCUGGAUAUUGCCAGGAACUGGAAGACUGUCAUACAGAUUGAUCCAGAGCAUCCCAAACAUGCUCAAUGGGUGACAUGUCUGGUGAGUAUGCAGGCCAUGGAAGAACAGACAUUUUCAGCUCAUGGAAUUCUGUACAGACCCUUGCGACAUGGGGCUGUGCAUUAUCAUGCGGAAACAUGAGGUGAUGGAUGAAUGGCAAGACAAUGGGCCUCAGGAUCUCGUCACGGUAUUUCUACAUUCAAAUUACCAUUGAUGAAAUGUAAUUGUGUUUGUUGUCCUUAGCUUAUGCCUGCCCAUACCAUAAACCCACCGAAACCAUGGGGCACUCUGUUCACAACGUUGACAUCAGGAAACCACUCGCCCACACAAUGCCAUACACGCUGUCUGCCAUCUGCCCGGUACAGUUGAAACUGUGACUCAUCUGUGAAGGGUACACAUCUCCAGCGUGCCAGUGGCCAUCGAAGGUGACAUUGUCCCACUGAAGUCUUACGCCCCAGAAGUGCAGUUUGGUCAAGACCUUGGUGAGGACAAGGAGCACACAUGAGCUUCCCUGAGACGGUUCUGACAGUUUGUACAGAACAUUCUUUCGUUGUGCAAACCCAGUUUCAUCAGCUGUCCGGGUGGCUGGUCUCAGACCAUCCCGCAGGUGAAGAAGCCGGAUGUGGAGGUCCGGGGUUGGCAUGGUCUGUGGUUGUGAGGCCGGUUCAACGUACUACCAAAUUCUCUAAAAUGACAUUGGAGGCGGCUUAUAGUAGACAAAUUAAUAUUAAAUUAUCUGGCAAAAGCUCUGGUGGACAUUCCUCCAGUUAGCAUGCCAAUGGCACCCUCCCUCAAUUUGAGACAUCUGUGGUGUUGUGUGACAAAACUGCACAUUUUAGAGUGGCUUUUGUAAUGAUCAUGCUGUUUAAUCAGCUUCUUGAUAUGCCACACCUGUCAGGUGGAUGUGUUAUCUUGGCAAAGAAGAAACACACUCUAACAGGGAUGUAAACUAAUUUGUGCACAGAAUGAGAGAAAUAAGCUUUUUGUGCGUAUGGAACAUUUCUGGGAUCUUUUAUUUCAGCUCAUGAAACGUGGGACCAACACUUCACAUGUUGCAUUUAUAUUUUUGUUCAGUAUAUUUAGAUGGUUUUGUUGUUUAAUACAUAAUUAUGGAAACACUUAUUUCAUAGGGAUAUAUUUAUACUCUAUAUCCAAGGCCUUUAAUUGAAUGCUGCACUAUGUAGAGACACUAUGAAAGGCCAAUGUGAAAAUAUAUACAUUUUGUACUUUAUUUUAAUUUAUCUUUUCAUUUAGAUAAUUUUUUCAUGCAGUACAUUGUUAUAAGUUACUUAAGCAUGACUGAACAUUUUCAAAUUGUUCACAUGAAAUUGUUUUUUAGCUAGAGCUUUUGUGUUAUCAAGAAACACGGCCACUUUUUAUUGACAUUUUGUUAAUCACCUGGAAUAUGAUAAACCCCUUGUAAUGCUUUUCAGUCAAAAAUGUCUUUUUAAUUUGUUGGUUUUCUACUAAAAGAGGAAUUUUACAGUGAGUCGUCAGCACAGCCGUACGUUUCAACAAGGACUGUGUUCAGGCUGCUCAUGUGAACACUAAUACCAUUGUGAGAUCUGGCUUGUGAACUCUUUCCAUAACAGGUUUAGGAAUGGAAAUAUUGUGUGGGUGUCUACUGUACACCACAGGGCAGGCCUGGUGCUCUGUUUGUUUAGGCCUGAAGCAUGUUCAAUCAGAAUUAUAGCACAUACAUGUUGCCAAUGUACAUAUGUAUUGUCUGUGGUGUCAUUUGACAAAAAAACAAAGUCUCCAAUUCAUUACAGAGAUUGUUUAAGAUGAGUGCUGUUUUAGAAUAAUACACUUUACUGAUCCAUAUCAAUAAUACACUUUACUGAUCCAUAUCAAUAAUACACUUUACUGAUCCAUACCCUGGCUUUUAAUUACUUGUAGAUUUACUCUGUUGUGUUGUGGAUGGGAUGGUGGCAGUACAGUAUCUAUGAAGCAUGGUCAAUGUAGCCUCUGUAGUUGCUUCAUGGGGUGUAAAUGACCGGUUCGCUGCUCUGCUGCACAUGUAACCGUAUCACUUAGUCAAUGUUACAAUGACAUUUUGUAUGUAAAAACAAUGAUCUGUGUAAUUAUUUGACAAAUUAUGUAACAACAAAAAAACUCAUAUUGACAUUGCAGUAUUUAGUGCUCUGCCUGUAUCCUGUGGACAAACAGUUAUUUGUCUAAAUUGGAAUACAGACAUGCUUUUGUCAUGUGUCGAGGCCGUUUCUAUGGCUGAGUUUACACAGGCAUCCCAAUACUGAUAUUUUCUCCCACUAAUUAGUCUUUUGACCAAUCAUAUCAGAUCUUUUCACAUAGGCUGUUUUUCAGAGCUGAUCUGAUUGGUCAAAAGACCCGUUAGUGGAAAAAAAAAUCAGAAUUAGAUUUGCUUCUGUUAAGACCAUCAGUCAUUCCAAAGAAGAGUAUUUGUGUAAUUUCUGGUCAAAUAUCUUUUUUGAAGAUUGUGUAUGACACGAUUGGAUGUUUUGCCUGCUCUGGUAAUGCGAUGCUACUUUCAUAAAGAAGGAUUAAUGCUGGGAAAUGUCAUCCUCCAAUAAAUUAGCAUCGUUCUUUCUGUUGACAAGAGUAACUAGUAACUGGGGGCGGCAGGGUAGCCUAGUGGUUAGAGCGUUGGACUUGUACCCCUGAACAAGGCAGAACAGCAAUUUCACUGUCAUUGUAAAUAAGAAUUUGUUCUUAACUGACAUGCCUAGUUAAAUAAAUAAAAUACAGCUAUUUAGUGUUGUGAACUUGGACAUGAUAUCUGUCAAUAUGUCAUUGGAUUGUCUUUCCGUUUUACACUAUUUAUUAUGAAUACAUGAAUCAAUAAACAACUUUUCAUUGAA